AAAGCACAGUUUCUCUAGGAACCGUCCCAGCGAUUGUUGCGUCUUUUCGCCACGUCGCGUGUGGUGACGUCAUUCAUCAAUUCUACAGCCAGAGAGAUUUCGUCGACCAGAGGGUGGAGGCAGCCAUAUUGUUAACUUCCGGAAUCGUCAGGUCUGACGAAAAACGCAGAUAGGCACACAUUUAUAGCUACAACUCGUCAGGGAACGUCCAUCAUACAGAUUCACAAUGUCCACAAUGAAUCCUGAAUAUGAUUAUUUAUUCAAGCUCCUACUCAUUGGCGACUCCGGCGUAGGAAAGUCUUGCUUGCUCCUACGAUUCGCGGAUGACACUUAUACAGAAAGCUAUAUCAGCACCAUUGGCGUUGAUUUUAAAAUACGGACGAUAGAAUUAGGCGACAAGACUAUCAAGUUGCAGAUUUGGGACACUGCUGGCCAGGAAAGGUUCCGCACCAUCACAUCGAGUUACUACAGGGGGGCACAUGGAAUCAUCGUCGCGUACGACGUCACAGAUCAGGAGUCCUUCAACAACGUGAAACAAUGGCUGCAAGAAAUUGACCGUUAUGCCUGCGAAAAUGUCAACAAAUUGCUUGUGGGCAACAAGAGUGACCUGACGACGAAAAAGGUGGUAGACUACACCACGGCUAAGGAGUUUGCCGACCAGUUGGGCAUACCCUUCCUGGAAACUAGCGCCAAGAACGCCACCAACGUGGAGCAGGCCUUCAUGACCAUGGCAGCGGAGAUCAAGAACCGCAUGGGACCCCCGACCACGGAAGCUGGACUGCGCUCUGAGGGCAAGAUCAACCCCGGAACCCCCGUCAAGCCCCAGGGUGCUGGCUGCUGCUGAAUGGAAGAGGAAGAGGGGGGGAACGCCCCUCCUUCUUUUCCCUUCCUCCUUCCACCCCUUUCUUCCCCCGCAUCCUUCGUUCCUCCCCUGCCCCCUCACAGCACGCGAAGCGGGGAAAGAGAACGGAAAGGAAAGAGAGGAGGUGUCCACUGUGGGGACCGGGAGGGUUGGGGAUGCGGGAUUUUUGGGAGAGGGGUGCCACAUCGUCCUCUUUUUUUUUUUUUUCCCUCCAGGUUAUGCCAAGUGCAACUGUGUAAAUGAAGGAUGUACACAUGUGCUUCAUCAUUUGUUGUUUUUUAAGAAAAAAAAGUGAGACGGAAGUAACUGUAGAAAGAAACUUUUUCGAAGUGUGUCUUUCUUUUUUUUUUUCUUUCUUUCUUUUACUAUACAUAAAGGCUUUUUGCAGCGUGGAUAGGGGCUGCAGGUUUUUUGAGGGAGGGGGAUAGACUCGUGUCGUGUACGUAUUUAAGAGAGGCGGGCGUGUGUAUGUAAAAAAAAAAAAGAGCCUGGAUAACCCUCUUAGCAUUCCACCUUGCGUGUGCUGAAAAAUUCUACGUUGCGCAUUUUUUUAAAGAAACAGUUAGCACUACCGUUUGACAUGCGUUGCUUCUCGACGCGUUUCUUUCGAGAUGCAAACUCUUAACAAAGAAAAAAAAAGGCAGGUGGAGCUUGGCUUCGUGAUUGUGUGCUUCGAGGAUUACCUGUACAUAAAGUCCCGGAACUCAGCUAAUAGUGCAGCGAGAGGGGAACCAUCUCCGCCGCGGAAGUGGGCGGUGGUCCGAGCGGGGAUAGCCAGCCAUGGAUAGCCAGUUUGUCUCGAAGCUUUGACUUUUUAAAAGCGAGGAUGGCGGCGUACGACGCCGUCUUUCAGUUUUCUUUUUUUUUCUUUUUUUUCGAAGUAAUAUUCACCGCAACGUUUUUGUAUUUAUAUAGUCCCAGGCUCCAUUAUCCACUGCAGCAGUUUUGCGAGGAGUCCACACUCCCUUGAAGCCCUUCAUUACGAGCGUAUGAUUUAGUGUAUAUUGAAGCAUAUUAAAAGCAAUCUUUUGUUGGGCA